AUGUCAUGUAUUAUUCUUCAACUUGGUCAAUGUGGAAAUCAAGUUGGUCAACGUGUAUUCGAUACAUUAAUUGAAGAUAAUCUUACACAUUCAAAUCAAACAAAAUUAUCAAUAACAGAUCAUUCACCAAUAAAUGAUUAUAUUCAUCAUUCACUUGAUCGAUUUUUUAUUCAAUAUGAAAAUAAACUUACUGCACGAGCGCUUGCAAUUGAUACUGAACUUAAAGUUAUUGAGCAACUAAUGGAUGAAAAAUCUCAAUCAAAACGUCAUUGGUCUUAUGAAAAAAAAUGUGUUAUUGAAGGUCGUCUCGGAUCCGGCAAUAAUUGGGCAUGCGGUUAUCGAAAUGGUUCAUUAGCUGAAGAAAAUAUAUUAAAUAGUCUUCGAUGGCAAUUAGAACAUGCAGAUCGAGUUGAUACAAUUUUACCAAUACUUUCUUUAGCUGGUGGCACAGGUUCUGGUCUUGGUGCUUAUGUUGUUGAAUGUGUUCGUGAUGAAUUACCACGUUCAUUUUUAUUAACAACAAUUGUUGUUCCAUAUACAAGUGGUGAAGUUGUAGUACAAAAUUAUAAUUCAUUAUUAACACUUUCACAUCUUUAUCAUUCUGCUGAUGCAUUAUUUGUUUUUGAAAAUGAUAUUCUUCAACAAUAUGCAAAAAAACUUGUUUCAUAUUCUGGUAUUGAUCGUUCAACAAAUAUUCAUGAUAUGAAUAAUAUUUUAACUCGACAUUUAUGUAGUUUUCUUCAACCUAUUUCAAAUAAACCUCAAUCAAUAUGUGAAAUAAAUUAUUUAUUAGAAUCAAUUUUACCACAUUCAUUUUAUAAAUUAUUAACACUUCGUUGUGUACCACAAUUAAGUGAUCAAGCAUUAGAUUUUAGUACAUAUAAAUGGUCGUCAUUAAUAAAAAGUUUAUCACAAAUGUAUAUUAAUAAUUCUUAUUUAGACGAAGGACUUAAUUGGUCUUUAAAACCAAAUCAAACACGAACAAAAUCUAUAGGAAAUUUAUUUUUAGCACGUUCUUAUGAUAAAGAAGAUAUUGAUAAAGAUUUAAAACAAUUUUUUAAUCAUGAAACAUUUUAUUCGUCAUUUAUUUCAUCAUCUGAUUAUUAUUAUUUAUUUAAUUAUCGUGAUAAAUCUUAUUUAAAUUAUGAAAAAUAUUUAUCAUUGAUUAGUAAUUGUCAAACACCUGUAUCAGCACUUGAUAGAAUAGUAAAUAAGUCAUGGCAAUUAUUCGGACAAAAAGCUUAUCUUCAUCAUUAUUUUAAAUAUGAUAUUGAUGAACAAGAAUUUCUCAACAGUUUUGUACAAAUUGAACAAGUUAUUAAAUCAUAUAAUCAAUUGUGA